GACGUCACGCGCUCUCUUCCUGUCUCUUCCGCUUCUUCAUCAACAACAGUAUUUAAAAUUGGUCGCUACCCCCACAUCUGAACGCUGUGCCGCCACGCAAAAGCGACGAUGGCAGCCACUUCGGUGUUCCAGAGAGUCAGGACGGGAUCAAAGAUCGGAGCGCAGUAUGAUCAAGAAGGCAACCUGAUCCAGGUCGAGACGCGAGAGGACGAGGAGCAGAAUGUCAAGCUCACAGAGAUUCUCGAACUUCUGCUCGCAGCAGGCUACUUCAGAGCCCGCAUCAAAGGUUUGUCUCCAUUCGACAAGGUGGUCGGAGGGAUGACCUGGUGCAUCACAACAUGCAACUUUGACAUCGACGUCGACCUGCUCUUCCAAGAAAACUCGACCAUUGGCCAGAAAAUAGCCCUGACAGAAAAGAUCGUGUCCGUCAUGCCCAAAAUGAAGUGCCCCUAUCGCCUGGAGCCCCAUCAGAUCCAGGGCUUGGAUUUCAUCCACAUCUUCCCUGUGGUGCAGUGGCUGGUGAAGCGCGCCAUCGAGACCCGCGAGGAGACGGGGGACUACGUGCGGGCGUACUCCGUCUCCCAGUUCCAGAAAUCCCACAGCCUCCCCCAGGACGAGGCCUUCCGGCAGCGGAAGCCCAAGGCCGUCAGGACGGUCCAGGACGUGUCGGACGUGUACAAGCCGCAGAGGCGCUACAAGCGGCAGCCGGCGCGCAGCGGCGAGACGCUGGACGAGGAGUCGCAGGUGCACUCCACCUUGCUGGAGUACGGACGUCGCUACGGCUACAGCAAGCAGGCGCAGAACAAACAGGGCAAGGGCGGCGACGACGCCACCGACGGAGGAGCCGCCGCCGCGGCGAAGUCCGCGCAGGCGGAGAUGGCCGAGGAGGAGGACCUGCGGGUCGUGGAGGAGACGCGGAUCCGAGCCCUGAUGACCGGCAUGGCGUCCAUGACGACGGAGGACGGGAGGCUGACGGCGAGCGCGGUGGGUCAGAUCGUGGGCCUCAAGUCGGAGGAGAUCAAGCAGAUCGCCGGCGAGUACGCCGAGAAGGCCGAGCGGCUGACCAGCGAGGACCCGUCGCCCAAGUACGGCUCGGCGCAGCAGCACCGGCGCACGCUGGCCUCGCUCAACAAGCAGAUCCAGCUGCGGGCCAAGGAGCUGGAGGGGAUGCAGGCGCGCCGCUCGGACGUCCAGGGGGAGUCCGAGGAGGUCAAAGGUCGCCUCGCCGAGGUGUCGAGGUGCGCCGCCGAGCUGGAGGCGGCGCUGAGCAAGCUCGACGAGCUCGAGGCCAGCGCCGACCCGGGCCUGCUGGACGGCCUGCGCGAGCUGGUGGCCCGCAACGAGGCGCUGAAGACCCAGGAGCACGAUUUCCGCGCCCACUGCCGCCAAGAGAUGGCGCUGCUGCAGCAGAAGAUCGAGGACCUGAAGCAGGAGUCGGGCCGCGAAGGCAACGACGACGACACGGACGACGGCGGCGGCGGCAACGGUGGCGAUCGCGAGCAGCGGCGGCUCGUGGAGGCGCAGCACAAGGCCGACAAGGAGAAGCUGCAGAAGAUCCGGCUGCUGAUGGCCCGGCGGAGCCGCGAGAUCACGGUGCUCCAGCGCAAGAUGGACGAGAUCCCGAGCCGCGCCGAGCUCACGCAGUACCAGAAGCGCUUCGUGGAGCUCUACAGCCAGGUGUCGGCCACGCACAAGGAGACCAAGCAGUUCUUCACGCUCUACAACACGCUGGACGACAAGAAGGUCUACCUGGAGAAGGAGGUGAACCUGCUCAACUCCAUCCACGACAACUUCCAGCAGGCCAUGGCGUCGGCCGGCGCCCGCGAGCAGUUCCUCCGGCAGAUGGAGCAGAUCGUGGAGGGCAUCAAGCAGAGCCGCGCCAAGAACGAGAAGAAGAAGCAGGAGAACAAGAUGCGGCGGGACCAGCUCAACGACGAGUACCUGGAGCUGCUCGACAAGCAGCGGCUCUACUUCAAGACCGUCAAGGACUUCAAGGAGGAGUGCCGCAAGAACGAGAUGCUCCUCUCCAAAUAUAGAGCCAAGGGGGCGUCCUGACGGGGAUGUGUUCUCCGGGGGAUGUGUUCUCCGAGGGAUGUGUUCUCCGAGGGAUGUGUUCUCCGAGGGAUGUGCUGAUGUGCCGAAACUUGAUGAGGACUUGAUGCGUUGCUUGUUUAUUUCAUAUUUUACUACUAACCAAUCACAUAUAUAUAUAUAUAUAUACGUAGAGUUCAUGUGUCAUUGAAUUCAUGCAAGGUGAUAAGCAGAAACUUGAUGAGGACUUGAUAUGUUUUUUGUUUAUUUCAUAUUGUAUUACUAACCAAUCACAUACAGUAUAUAUACCUAGAGUUCAUGUGUCAUUGAAUUCUUACAAAUGCAUGUCCAUUGACAGAAUUCCGUUGACUACAGAACUGCUUUUACGAGUACAAUCAUCCACAAAGGCUAACUAACUCCUAACUGCGACACAGAAUGUUGUUUCCUUAAAGUGACAUGAAGCGGCUUACAAGAUGAUGAAUAAAUAAAUAAAUUGCCUGCUUUGAUUUUUCAUCUGUCAAGUAAAUGUUUUAAUAUUGAUUUCUGACAAGCAUCAGUCUGAAAAGGAUCCAAUUUGAAUUAUAAAUAAUACAAUAAUAAUAAAUAAUAAAAAGAAAAUCAUUACAUU